UGGGGGCGGACCCGGAGGCGGGGCUGUCUCUGCGGCAGGGCCCAGCUCGGCUCCCCCCGGUCUCUCUCUGUCUCUCCUCCUCCCUCCUCCUGCUCCGGGCGGAGCCCGGCAUGGGGGGGCCGGCGCCCGGCAGGCCAGUGGAUCCGGGACCCAGGGAGGGCUGCCCCCCGGGCCUGGUGGCGCUGAGCAGGGCCCCCCAGCCCCCACCUCCUGCCCCACGACAUGAACCUCCUCUACCGAAAAACCAAGCUGGAGUGGAGGCAGCACAAGGAGGAGGAGGCCAAGAGGAGCUCCAGUAAGGAGGUGGCUUCCGCAGGCCCGGCAGGGCCCGGGGCUGGCCCGGGGCCCGGGGUCCGCGUGCGGGACAUCGCCUCGCUGCGCCGCUCCCUCAGGAUGGGCUUCAUGACAAUGCCCGCCUCCCAGGAGCACACCCCCCACCCCUGCCGCAGCGCCAUGGCCCCACGCUCCCUCUCCUGCCACUCGGUGGGCAGCAUGGACAGUGUUGGGGGUGGGCCUGGGGGCGGUGGUGGGGGUCUCACAGAGGAUGGCAGCACUCGGAGACCCCCGGCCAAGCCCCGGAGACACCCCAGCACCAAGCUCAGCAUGGCAGGGUCUGGGGCAGAGACACCCCCCAGCAAAAAAGCAGGCUCACAGAAGCCAACCCCAGAGGGCCGAGAGUCCAGCCGGAAGGUUCCUCCACAGAAGCCCAGGCGAAGCCCCAAUACCCAGCUCUCUGUCUCCUUCGAUGAGUCCUGCCCCCCAGCCCCCUCCCCUCGAGGGGGGAACCUGCCUCUUCAGCGCCUCAGCAGGGGCUCCUGCGUAGCUGGGGACCCUGAGGUGGGUGCCCAAGAAGAAGAGCCCGUGUACAUUGAGAUGGUGGGGGACGUCUUCAGGGGAGGAGGGCGAAGUGUGGGGUGCCUCACUGGGCCCCCUCUUGGGGGUGGGGGCCCGACCCCUCCAGCUGGCGCCGACUCGGACUCAGAAGAGAGUGAGGCCAUAUAUGAGGAGAUGAAGUACCCGCUGCCUGAGGAGGCAGGGGAAGGCCGGGCCAAUGGGGUCCCUCCGUUGACAGCGACCUCCUCGCCACACCAGCCUCAAGCCCUUCAGCCCCACAUGCACCGCCGUCCAGCCUCAGCCCUCUCAAGCCGGAGGGACGGGACACCCACCAAAACCACUCCUUGUGAAAUCCCCCCGCCCUUCCCCAACCUCCUCCAGCACCGUCCUCCGCUCCUGGCUUUCCCCCAAGCCAAGUCUGCUUCCCGAACCCCUGGCGAUGGGGUCUCGAGGCUACCGGUCCUCUGCCACUCCAAGGAGCCAGCCGGCUCCACCCCAGCUCCCCAAGUGCCUGCCCGGGAGCGGGAGACGCCUCCCCCGCCGCCGCCGCCGCCUCCUGCUGCCAACCUGCUGCUGCUGGGACCCUCGGGCCGGGCCCGGAGCCACUCAACACCGUUGCCGCCCCAGGGCUCUGGUCAGCCUCGGGGGGAGCGGGAGCUCCCCAACUCCCACAGCAUGAUCUGCCCCAGGGCGGCAGGGGUGCCAGCAGCCCUUCCUGCCCCGGCCGCCUUGCUCCCCGGCCCCCCCAAGGACAAGGCUGUGUCUUACACCAUGGUGUACUCAGCAGUCAAGGUGACCACGCACUCCGUCCUGCCAGCUGGUCCGCCCCUGGGUGCUGGGGAACCAAAGACGGAGAAAGAGAUCUCAGUUCUCCAUGGGAUGCUGUGCACCAGCUCGAGGUCCCCCAUGCCUGGGAAGUCCAGUCCCCACAGCGGGGCCAUGGGGGCAGCAGCUGGGGUUCUCCAUCACCGCGGCUGCCUGGCCUCCCCACACAGCCUUCCGGACCCAACUGCAGGCCCCCUGACCCCUCUUUGGACCUACCCAGCUACAGCAGCUGGCCUCAAGAGACCCCCUGCCUAUGAGAGCCUCAAGGCUGGGGGGGUGCUGAAUAAGGGCUGUGGAAUGGGGGCCCCAUCCCCCAUGGUCAAGAUCCAGCUGCAGGAGCAAGGGACCGAUGGGGGUGCCUUUGCCAGCAUCUCCUGCGCCCACGUCAUCGCCAGUGCAGGGACACCAGAGGAGGAAGAAGAGAUGGGUGCCACGACAUUUGGGGCAGGCUGGGCUCUGCAGAGGAAGGUCCUGUAUGGAGGGAGGAAGGCACAAGAGCUGGACACAGAGGUCGAGGACGGUGCCCGAGCCUGGAAUGGCAGUGCCGAGGGUCCAGGCAAGGUGGAGCGUGAGGACAGGGGCCCCCUGGCAUCAGGGAUCCCAGUGAGGAGCCAGGGGGCAGAGGGCCUGCUGGCCAGGAUCCACCACGGAGGGGACCGAGGAGGGAGCCGCACGGCGCUGCCUGUACCCUGCCAGACCUUCCCUGCCUGCCACCGCAAUGGAGACUUCACGGGAGGCUACCGCCUGGGGCGCUCCGCCUCCACCUCUGGAGUCCGGCAGGCUGCACUCCACACCCCCCGGCCCUGCAGCCAGCCCAGGGAUGCCCCCAGCCAGACCCACCCCGCACUGCCGCUGCCGCUGCCGCUGCCCCUGCCGCCCCAGCCAGCCCGCGAGCGCGACGGGAAGCUGCUAGAGGUGAUUGAGCGCAAGCGCUGCGUGUGCAAGGAGAUCAAGGCGCGCCACCGCCCCGACCGAGGCCUCUGCAAGCAGGAGAGCAUGCCCAUCCUCCCCAGCUGGCGGCGGGGGCCCGAGCCCCGCAAGUCCGGCACCCCGCCCUGCCGCCGGCAGCACACCGUCCUCUGGGACACUGCGAUCUGAGGAGGGCGGGACUGGGGAGCGGGGUUGGGGUGCGCCCGGCUCUCCAGGAGACUUGCCUUGAAAGAGGGACACUUGAAGGACCAGGGGAGGAAGAGCCCCGCCCUCCACCCUAAGCCCGGAGACGGGGAGUCUGCCAGGCCCAUCGGGCUUGGGGCGCCAGCAGCACCCCCAGAAAUUCGGGAGAGCAGGAGGGUUUGCUUGAGGUUGGGAGUGAGGCCCUCCCCUGCUCUCCCCACUGAGCCAGGUAGACCCCUCCUCCUGAGAGGUCAAAGGCCAAGCCGGAGGUCAGCAUGGGGGAGGUGGGAGGGGUUAGGGAGGCAGAAGCGGGGCGGGUCAACUGAAGAACAGGGACUACAGAGUGAGAGAUGGAGGGGCUCUUUUAUAGAGUCGGGAAUGGGGAGGGGGUAUUUAUUUUGUUAUUUAUUUUGGUCCGGAGGGCAAUUCUGGGUCCUUCUGACCUACUCUUGAGCAGGCAGUAGGAGUGGCGGGCAAUGAAAGGGAACCAAGUUUGCACUCUCCCCAAUGCCUCAAGGCCCCACCGUCCAUGCCCACCCCAAAGCUAGGGAUUGGUCUGGAGUGGGGAGUGGAGCAAGAGAAGGGAGGGGCUCCAAGAGCUGAGGGCCGAAGACUCAUUUGCAGUAUUUACAAGUCGCCAGAAUUGGGUAGUGAGCGUGGCCUGCUCCAAAAUAGGCAUCUUAUUUAGCUCUGGAGUGAGGGUCUAGCACCAGGGAUCGCGAGAUGA